UGAGCGCCCCGCCGCGGCUGUCCCGCGGUGGUGCGCCCCUUCCCCCACGUGCAAGCUGGGCCCCGCCGCCCAGCGUCCCCAGAGGCUGUUUUCCUCCUGGAAGGAAGGGACGGACCCGCUCCCUUGGCCGAGAGCUGGAGGCUCUAACCUCUUCCCCUAUCGCUUCCUCGUCGGCCCUUUGGACCGGGCCACGCCGCGCCUGCGCUGGGAGCGAAGUUGGAGGGAGCGGCCGUGGGUGUACUGGUGAAGGGAGCUCGGCUACCAACGAACUGGUCUUGCUCUUUGGAGUUUCCAAAUGCUCUAGGUUCAGACUUGAACGCGACAGAGUUCCUUCACUGUUUGGGUCGCGGGAGGCGGUUAUCCCCACCUCGUUUGAGGCGCAGGAUUUGCGCGCCCCAUUUCGUCCGCGCCGGCCUCUUGGCUUUCGCAGCUCGGACGCCGAACGGUCCCAGCCAGCGGUCCUGGCCGGACUGAGAGGCAGUCAGAAGUCACACACUCUGAUAGUCUAGCCCACCCCUCUGUGCCGGGAGGUUGUCUGCUGAACGCUCGCACCUCCGUCCACAUCCAUCCUCUCCACCAGCUUCUCUUUCUAGGAAUCACUUUCUGAGACCUGUUGCCGAGCUCCCACUCAGGCAUUCCAGAUCUUUGGCACAGCUUCUUUUUAACUCUUCUUAACGCCCACUGGAGCUUCUGCUGGGCCUGGAGUAAGGGUUUUUCAAAUUUAUAAUACGAGAUAGGAAACUCUCCGUGCUCUGAAAGCCGAGCGAAGGAGAAAUUACUUGGGAAGGCUAAUAAAGGCUCUGGGGAGGCAGGGUAGGGGGAAGGACACGGUUAAUGUGUGUUGGACCUUUAAAGGCAAGAAGACUGAGAACAGUGGCGUUUGAAGGGUGAGGUUGGGCUCUCCAGCAAAGCUGACUUUUAUCUUGACUUCGUAAACAAUGUCAGAAUGGGACCUGAGACCUGCAAAGGAAGGAGGAUUGGAUUACUGACUGCAGUCAUAAACAAAGGACCUGUGAUUUUUUUCAUCCACUGGGCAGCGACUGCCAGGCGCCAUUCAAUGGACACUUGGGACUUGUGUACUACCUACUUAGUAUUUUACCGGACAGGUUUGUGAAAUAGCUAAUAAUGGGGCAGAUGCAGAUGUUAGCUCGAAAUCAUGCCUAAAACGAUAAUAUAGCAGUUCGCCUUGUUUCAAAAGGUCCUAAGUUUACAUUUGACAGGGAUAAUAGAAAUAUAUGGCAUUCUGGAAAAACUGUCCAAAAAAUAAAAUGCCCAUUUCAGUCUGGAGGCACUACUGGACCAGAGAUGUGGUAUGGUGUGUUCCUGUGGGCACUGGUGUCCUCUCUCUUCUUUCAUGUCCCCGCUGGAUUACUGGCCCUCUUCACCCUCAGACAUCACAAAUAUGGUAGGUUCAUGUCUGUAAGCAUCCUGUUGAUGGGCAUCGUGGGACCAAUUACUGCUGGAAUCUUGACAAGUGCAGCAAUUGCUGGAGUGUACCGAGCAGCAGGAAAGGAAAUGAUACCAUUUGAAGCUCUCACCUUGGGCACUGGACAGACGUUUUGUGUAGUGGUGGUCUCCUUUUUACGAGUUUUAGCCACCCUAUAGCAUACACUCUUUUUCUAUGAUAUCGAACCUAAGUUUUAUAGACUCCUCAAAAAGAAUGCAAUAUGGAAUGUAGUAUUUUCUUAGUUCUUCAAAUGGAAGCAACUUGGAUAAAAAAAGUAUGUGAAGAACAUCUCAGCCCUUUCUUCAGUUUGAAGCUCCAGGAAUUGAAGAUCUUUUGGACUCCUAUUGUUCUCAACCAAAACAAAUCAAGUUCUGUUUUCUUUUUGAUAGUUAAUUUUAGCAGUUUUAUAGGUGCACUUUACCCAAAGCCAGGUCAGCAAAGCUUCUGGGUUAGCAGCCUUCACGCUGAAAUUUGCAAUAUUCUAUGAGAAAAUGCAAUGUUGCAUAUUUCAGAGAAACUAUGGAAAAUAUUGAUUGAUUUCUGAGCACAGUAUACUGCACUAAAAUCUUAUUUGAUGUAACCUUGAUUAAUAUUUGGCAGACUCUUCUUUUGCUACAUCUUCAUGACAGUAAGUGCCAAGUAGGUUUGGGUUGAGGAGAGCUUUGAGAACAAAUUUGGUGAAAUAGAACAGGAAAAAAAUAUAACACAAGUAGUGGCUUUGAUUUCACUGUUUAAAAAAUGGAGAUAACUACUGAAUGAUGUGACAUUUUAUGGAUAACUGUCUUGACCUCUGAUUAUUUAAUACAUUUCAAGAGAUGUGAAUUUGUUGUUUUAUACAUUUUAUCAAAAUAAGCUAGCUAAUCGAGACUUUUUUCCCCCAGAAUUCCACCUUUUCCUAUCACUUUUACUCUAUUAAUUUUAUUUAGUUUAAUUGGAAACAUAUCCUAUUCAAUAGCUCAGGUUGAAAAUUUUAAGCCAGAUGGGUUAGGAUACUCUUUUGACAUUGAGGCACACAAAAAACAUACUUUAAACACUCCUAAUGUCUUUCUUACUUGCUCUUGAAAAAUAGUAGAAGUACAGCUUAAACUAGAGUUUAAAUGGUUUUGAUGUCUCAGUUUUAAUAGUCACCUAGUCUUUUUAGUUACCUAGUGCUGAGUCUUCAGCUCAUUUUUACAGUAUUGGUUGUCACUCCCAGAAAGUGCCUAAAGUUUAAUUUUCACAUAUGCCUUCCACAGUGUCCUUUACAUUUUCCUUUAAGAGAAUUUAUGUCAUUAAAGAGAAUUAAAUGUCAAGAGUUUUUUUUAACCCAAUUUUAGCUAUUUAAAUUUUUCUUCUACUGCUUAACUUUCAUUUUCAUUAAAAGAAUUGAAAACUGUGACCUUCAAAACAGAAAGGAUUGCAAAGAUUGAGUUAUCUAACUUGAUCCUUACCACCUAAGCUGUUUCGUAUGGAAUACAAUCAAUAUUGUUGUUAUAUUUUCAAAAUUGUUUCUGGGAAUUAAGUCUGCUGUUUUUAAAGGAAAGUUUCCUUGUGAGAGUAAUGAGCCCAUGAGGUCAUGUUCACAGGACUGUAUCUAUUCCAUCGAAAGCAAUAUGCAUUCUGGCUUCUGAUUAAAGGUAGCCAGGGGGACCAAUUGACCAGGGAUAAUCAAAGAGAAAAAUUAUGAGGGCAUCAUAAAAAUAAACUGAACAUUUUCUUUUAACUAAUAGUCCUUUAGACCGCUUAUCAAAAUUAUAGUGACAUAUACACAUACUAAGUGGAAAAUUACAAGUAGUGUUUGGAAUGCAGGAAGAUGUCCUUACAAAUGCUCAAAUCUUCAAGCAAAUUUUAAGACUUUAGUUAAAGACUAUUUUUCAGUUCAAGGAGCUGUGAUUUUGAAAAGUAGCCCUUUUCUCAGAAAUUCAGGGAUGCUGUAUCCUUUAUUAUAAGAAAUGAUUUUAAUCAUCUCUAUUGAAGGAUACCUCUUAGCUUUCUCACCUAAAACAUUCUUUUGGAUAGAAUUUCACAAAUGGAACAUAUGGGCCAGUGGUUGGUGGGUCCCUCUCCCUGAAUACUAAUUUUUGAACAUACUGAUCUGUGAUUUAAAUGUUUGGUUAUUUUUCUUUUAGAGCCAAGACACACAAAUUAAUGCAUUUUGAAAGGCAUCUUGUUUCUGUCUUGGUUCUCGUUUGCUAUACUUUGAUUAUUCACUCUUUAAAAACUUCAAAUAUAAAAUGUAUAUUCCAAUUAUUGAAUGUUUCAUCCAUCCCAAUAUGUGAACAUUCUCCUGUGAAUAAAUGUAUAUAUACUUUAUAUAGAUUGAGCUUUGUAGCUUGAAAUUUUUUCAGGAAGAAACUAUUUGAAUGCUAAAGAAUGUCUGUUCCUCAUUAUUUUUAUUUUUUUUUGUUUUUAAAAUUUUCUGAUCUCAAAUACACAAUUAUUUGGGGGUGAUCGCUCCAGUGAAAAAAUAUUCACAUUUGUGUUGAACCUUUCAUUUUACCACAUAUAGUUUUUAAAGAAUUUUUGCCAACAUCUGGCUUUCUUAGGACAUGUACAACCACCCUACCCCCAGCUGUGCAUCCACUUUUCCUCGUUUUUUAUGCGGGGGAGGGAGGCAGCCGCCAACCUUAAAAGCUGAUUUCUAGGUUCUUUAAAGGGUUAUGGGGGUAAAGGCAUUUCAUGAAACUUAAGUCCAUAUACAAAUGUGUAAACAAUAUCCUAAGAGAAACAUGUCUUCUUGUACUAUUAACUCAUUUUUUCUUUUUCUUUUUGCAGCAAAACAUUACUUCUUAGCAAAAGUCUAAACUAGUGAGAAAAAGUUCAUGCAGAUAAUGACCUUAAAACCUUUCCUUACUUUUUUUAAAGUUUUAAAUUAUAUCUUGGCUUUUGAUUCCGAUGUCCUUUCUGACUGCUUUGGUUUGAAUUAAGUUCUCAUUAGAACUGCAGUGCAUAUAACCUUCUGUAAGAAAGCAUUUCCUGGAAUGUGAAGCCCUGGUGCCAUUAGCUAUCCACGUGCAGAAACUUUAAUGUACCUGCAUUCCUUUUUUGUGCACUCUGUUAGGCUGGUUGUGACUAAAAUCAGCUUAACUUUUUAUAUUAGAUUAUUUCAUUAAUUGCUAUAGUCAAAAUAAUCAAAUCUUUGUAUGAGAAAAUUAUUUAAAUUUUAUUUUUCUACUGACAUUUCUAAUUCUGGUGUAAAUGUUUAUCAAUAAAGAAUUACUUUCAAUUCUUUGAACUGGAACUGUUAUUUCUUUUUCAGUGGUCAACAAGUUUAAUCUUUUGUAAUUAAGUUGUCUGACAUUUUUUUAAUAAAACUUAGUACUUAACACAUAUUUAACUAUUUCUAUUGUAUUUAACACAUGUUCAUUUCUAUUGUGUUUAACUUCCUGUUAAUUUACAGUAAAAUUCUUAUUCAAUGAUGUGAUUAAACUGUACUUAACAUGUAAA